CCCCGACAAUCCCCUUUGGACCGGCUCUAGGAGGAUUGAUUGACCAUUGGAACUAUACAAUAUGCCCGCAUACCACUCCAUCUUCCUUGAGGACCGGGAUGUCCCCGUAAUCGGCAACUUUCCUGUCCUCCCCCUCCGUACCCGCACUCGCGGCCCCGCAUACACUCUCCCCCCGCUACCACCCAACACCUCCGACGCCGACGUUGCCCCCGACAGCGAGUCCUACGACUGUGUCGAUGAGAUCCUGUCUCUAUUCCGCGCCAAUGUCCUCUUCCGGAACUUCGAGAUCAACGGUCCCGCCGACCGCAUGCUCAUCUACGGAACCUUGUUUAUCAGUGAAUGUUUGGGGAAGGUCCGGCCGUCGAUGUCGAGCUUGGAAGCCAGCAAGGCCCUGAACAACGUCGCUCUCGACCAGUUCGCUAUCCCCGGUGAUGCGACGUUCCCCCUGAACCAGGCCUUUGAGCCGCCUCGGGAUCGCCAGGAUGCCGAGGGCCUUAGAGCGUACCUCUCUCAAGUCCGACAGGAGAUCGCGAUCCGUCUACACGCUAGAUUAUACCCCGGUGGAGUUGGUCCUUCGAAGUGGUGGCUUAGCUUCGCGAAGAGAAAGUUCAUGGGAAAGAGCUUCUAGGUUGAGACAUUUCCUUUUGUUCGAUCACCAUUCAGAUUCAGCGUACAGUUCAACUUAUGAAAAUCUUCAAACUACUUCUUGUAUCUGACUUUCGAGGUGAUUGGCUACCUUGAAUUUUGAUAUAUCCGUAUGUGUUCUGUUAUAGACGGGGAGGACAAGAGAGUUGGAA